AAGUCCACUCAUUCACUUACAAAGACCACUUUUAUCUAUUCAUAUCCUUUGGAUUUUACAUCUAAUUCUUCUCCAAUUCAUUUGACCACAUUCUUUCUGCCAGACAACCUUAGAAAUUGCACAAUGGCUGAUUUCCUAUGGACUUUUGCUGUCGAAGAAAUGUUGAAGAAUGUGUUGAAGGUUGCAGGGGAGCAAACUGGCCUUGCAUGGGGCUUCCAGGAGCAUCUCUCCAACCUCCAAAAAUGGCUACUCAACGCUCAAGCUUUCUUACGCGAUAUCAACACCAGAAAACUACAUCUUCAUUCUGUGAGCAUCUGGGUGGACCAUCUUCAGUUUCUUGUUUAUCAAGCCGAGGAUCUAUUAGACGAAAUUGUUUAUGAACAUCUUCGACAAAAGGUCCAAACAACAGAAAUGAAGGUGUGUGAUUUCUUCUCUCUUUCUACCGAUAAUGUUUUGAUCUUUCGUCUUGACAUGGCAAAAAAAAUGAUGACCCUUGUACAACUGUUAGAAAAGCAUUACAAUGAGGCUGCUCCUUUAGGACUAGUUGGGAUUGAAACUGUAAGACCCGAGAUCGAUGUUAUUAGUCAAUAUCGAGAGACAAUUUCAGAACUUGAAGAUCAUAAGAUUGCGGGGAGGGAUGUUGAAGUUGAAAGUAUAGUGAAACAAGUGAUUGAUGCUAGCAAUAAUCAACGUACAUCUAUCCUGCCCAUUGUUGGUAUGGGUGGAUUAGGAAAAACAACUUUGGCAAAGUUAGUUUUUAACCAUGAGUUGGUUAGACAACGUUUUGAUAAAACUGUAUGGGUUUGUGUGUCUGAACCAUUUAUUGUCAACAAGAUUUUGCUUGAUAUUUUAAAAAAUGUAAAAGGUGCCUAUAUUUCUGAUGGAAGGGAUAGCAAGGAGGUUUUACUUCGUGAACUCCAAAAAGAGAUGCUUGGGCAAAGCUAUUUUCUUGUGCUUGACGAUGUUUGGAACGAAACUUUUUUUCUAUGGGAUGACUUGAAAUAUUGUUUGCUCAAGAUCACUGGAAACUCUAACAAUAGUAUCCUUGUGACUACAAGGAGUGCUGAAGUUGCAAAAAUCAUGGGAACAUGUCCUAGUCAUCUUUUAAGUAAAUUAUCUGAUGAUCAAUGUUGGUCUUUGUUUAAAGAAAGUGCAAAUGCAUAUGGACUAUCAAUGACUUCAAACUUGGGGAUCAUUCAAAAAGAGUUGGUCAAAAAAAUUGGUGGCGUACCAUUGGCUGCACGAGUUUUGGGUAGGGCAGUAAAAUUUGAAGGAGAUGUUGAGAGAUGGGAGGAAAUGUUGAAAAAUGUGCUAACAACUCCACUGCAAGAGGAAAAUUUUGUUUUAUCUAUAUUAAAAUUAAGUGUGGAUCGUUUACCAUCAUCUUCAGUAAAGCAGUGUUUUGCAUAUUGUUCAAUUUUUCCCAAAGACUUUGUGUUUGAAAAACAAGAAUUGAUUCAAAUGUGGAUGGCCCAAGGUUUUCUUCAACCACAACAAGGAAGAUACAAUAACACAACAAUGGAAAAUGUAGGAGAUAUAUACUUCAACAUCUUGUUGUCACGUUGCUUAUUUGAAUUCGAAGAUGCCAAUAAAACAAGGAUAAGAGAUAUGAUAGGUGAUUAUGAAACAAGAGAAGAAUAUAAGAUGCAUGAUCUUGUACAUGAUAUUGCAAUGGAAACUUCAAGGUCGUAUAAAGAUUUGCAUCUAAAUCCUAGCAAUAUAUCGAAGAAGGAACUUCAAAAGGAGAUGAUAAAUGUUGCAGGCAAGUUACGCACAAUUGAUUUCAUUCAAAAGAUUCCUCACAAUAUAGAUCAAACACUUUUUGACGUUGAGAUAAGAAACUUUGUUUGUUUGCGUGUCUUGAAGAUAUCGGGUGAUAAAUUACCAAAGUCAAUUGGUCAAUUGAAACACUUGAGAUAUCUAGAAAUUUUAAGUUAUUCAAUAGAAUUAAAAUUACCAGAGUCUAUUGUUUCACUUCAUAAUUUGCAAACGCUAAAGUUCGUAUACUCAGUGAUUGAAGAAUUUUCAAUGAACUUUACAAAUUUGGUAAGUUUAAGGCACUUGGAAUUAGGGGCAAAUGCUGACAAAACACCUCCACAUUUAAGUCAAUUGACUCAACUUCAAACAUUGUCUCAUUUUGUAAUCGGGUUUGAAGAAGGUUUUAAGAUUACUGAAUUGGGUCCAUUGAAAAACUUGAAAAGAUGCCUGUCUGUUUUGUGUUUGGAGAAAGUUGAAAGUAAAGAGGAAGCAAAGGGAGCAGAUUUGGCAGGAAAGGAGAAUUUAAUGGCGCUACACUUAGGGUGGUCCAUGAAUAGAAAAGAUAAUGAUUUGGAAGUGUUGGAAGGACUUCAACCAAACAUAAAUCUCCAAUCAUUGAGAAUCACCAACUUUGCUGGAAGACAUUUGCCUAACAAUAUUUUUGUUGAGAAUUUAAGAGAGAUACAUUUGUCUCAUUGUAAUAGUUGUGAAAAGCUUCCAAUGCUUGGACAACUAAACAACCUAAAGGAACUUCAGAUUUGCAGCUUUGAAGGCCUCCAAGUUAUAGACAACGAGUUCUACGGCAAUGAUCCAAACCAAAGAAGGUUCUUCCCAAAGCUUGAGAAAUUUGAAAUCAGUUAUAUGAUCAACUUAGAGCAAUGGAAAGAAGUAAUAACAAAUGAUGAAUCAUCAAAUGUCACAAUUUUCCCCAAUCUCAAGUGCUUGAAAAUAUGGGGAUGUCCCAAAUUAUUAAACAUUCCAAAAGCUUUUGAUGAGAAUAAUAUGCAACACCUUGAAUCAUUGAUCCUUUCAUGUUGUAACAAAUUGACAAAACUCCCAGAUGGACUACAAUUUUGCAGUUCUAUUGAAGGGUUGACAAUAGACAAAUGUUCAAAUUUGAGCAUAAAUAUGAGAAAUAAGCCGAAAUUAUGGUAUUUAAUCAUUGGUUGGUUAGACAAGCUGCCGGAAGAUUUAUGUCAUCUCAUGAAUUUGAGGGUAAUGAGAAUUAUUGGAAUUAUGCAGAAUUAUGAUUUUGGCAUCCUUCAGCACCUUCCUUCCCUUAAACAACUUGUUUUGGAAGAGGAUUUGUUGAGCAAUAAUAGUGUAACGCAAAUACCUGAACAACUUCAACACCUCACUGCCUUACAAUUUCUGUCUAUUCAACAUUUUAGACGCAUUGAAGCUUUGCCAGAAUGGUUAGGAAACUAUGUAUGUUUGCAAACACUCAAUCUUUGGAAUUGCAAAAAAUUGAAAAAACUGCCUUCUACAGAAGCAAUGCUACGUCUCACCAAAUUAAAUAAAUUGCAUGUUUGUGAUUGUCCGCAACUACUACUUGAGGAAGGCGACAUGGAGCGGGCGAAACUUUCCCACCUUCCAGAAAUUCAGAUCAAUCGUUGGUUUAUACAUUUAUUAUGAUUUAUAUUUUUUGUUGGUGUUGAAUGCAAAUAAUGUGUACUAAAGUUUUCACACCUGAAUUCUCUUAGCUUUCCAUUUGUAAAAACUGUGUACAAAUGAUUGUUUCAAUGGAUGCAAAAAUUGUGAUUCAGGAUCUUAA